CCCAUCCAACAUUUUACACACACAUACAAACAUUAAAGAUUCAUCAGUAUGGCAGCAAUUGGAGAAGCUCAACCCGCGAAACACCAAGAAGUUGGCCACAAGAGUCUCCUUCAAAGCGACGCGCUUUACCAAUACAUUCUUGAAACCAGCGUUUACCCGAGAGAGCCCGAAUCCAUGAAAGAGCUACGUGAGGUCACUGCUAAACAUCCUUGGAAUCUCAUGACAACAUCAGCUGAUGAAGGACAGUUUUUGAACAUGCUUCUUAAGCUCAUAAACGCUAAGAACACCAUGGAGAUCGGUGUAUACACCGGUUAUUCCCUUCUUUCCACAGCUCUUGCUCUCCCAGAAGAUGGCAAGAUAUUGGCUUUGGACAUAAACCGUGAGAACUACAAAAUUGGACUUCCAAUUAUUGAGAAAGCCGGUGUAGCCCAUAAGAUUGACUUCAGAGAAGGCCCUGCUCUGCCCCUUCUUGACCAAAUGGUGGACGAUGUCAAGUUCCAUGGAUCAUUUGAUUUUAUUUUUGUGGAUGCUGACAAAGACAACUACCUUAACUACCACAAGAGACUAAUUGAUCUUGUCAAAAUCGGGGGAGUCAUUGGCUACGAUAACACCCUUUGGAACGGGUCGUUGGUCGCCCCUGCUGAUGCACCCCUCAGGAAGUAUGUCAGGUAUUACAGGGAUUUCGUGCUAGAGCUCAACAAAGCAUUGGCUGUUGACCCAAGAGUCGAGAUUUGUCAACUUCCGGUCGGUGAUGGAAUCACUUUGUGCCGUCGUGUAGUCUAAUGACUUCUGACGAACCAACUGAAGACACACAUAUCUUUACGAUAUAAUCAUGCCCAUGAUCCGUAUACUAUUUCAAGAUGGUGAAAAAAUCAUUCUUGAAUUCCAAUUUUUUUUUUCUUUAAAUUGAUCAUUUUAAUUGUUCUUUGCUAUUUUCCAAUCCAAAUAUUUAUGUAUGUAUAUCAUUUUCAUCCAUAGAAAUGGA